AGGUUGCCAGGGAAACGCCCAGGAAGGUCUUCAGGUGCCCAGUGGGUAUAAAUAGCGGAGCAGAAAUUAGGGAAGGCAGAACUGCCUCAUCCUUCUCACAGACACUCAAGAAAGCAAUCCUUCAGCCAUGAACUCCAUUCGCUCAAUCGUGGUGGUAGCCAUUGUUAUGGCUCUGGUGUACACCACCUCUGCCCUGCCUCACCCAGGUGGUUCCUAUGGCGGCGGAUUUGGUGGUGGACUCGGCGGUGGAAUUGGCCAUGGUUUAGGAGGUGGAUUUGGUGGUGGAAUUGGCCCCGGAUUUGGCGGUGGAAUUGGUCAUGGAAUCGGGGGUGGAUUUGGCCAUGGUGGUGGAUUCGGUGGUGUCUCUGUAAUCCGCAGACCUGUGGUAAGCAGAGUCGUUACUGUCAGCAGAGGAAUUGGACAUGGAGGAUUCGGUGGAAUUGGUGGAUUUGGAGGAGUUGGAGGAUUUGGAGGAAGGCGUUACGGUGGUUAUGGAUGGUAACAUCUCAGAAUGAGCAGAAAAUAAAGUUGUAAUAAAAUCAAAAUCAUUCCGUA